AUGACAGUCUACCGCUGCCCCUCAAUCCUAGUAAUUGGCCACGGCGAACUCGGCCUCUCAAUCAUCGACGCCCUCCACAAAAGCCCCUCGAAACCAUCCUUCACCUCCCUCACCGUCCUCGCCCGCCCCCAAACCGUCUCUUCACUCCAAAAAUCCGAUCCAGAGAAAUACUCCCUCCUCCACAAAUGGAACGUUCAAUGGUUACCCCUCGACAUCGAAUCAUCCACACCGGAAGAACUAAAAGCCGCUUUUAAACCCUUCACUGCGGUUGUUUACGCCUCCGGAAUGUUCGCGUCCGCCGGAGUACCUACGAAGGUUACGAAGGCGGUUAGGGAUGCUGGGGUUAAGUAUUAUAUACCCUGGCAGUUUGGAGUGGAUUAUGAUGUCGUGGGACCUACCACCGGAGGCGGAUUUUUCGCGGAACAGUAUUGGAUUAGAAAAGUUUUGAGGGAUGAAUCGGCGGGGAUGAAGUGGAAUAUUAUUAGUAAUGGGCUUUUUACGAGUUUUGUGUUUUAUGAACCAUUUGGGAUUGUUAAUAGGGAAGGAGGGGUUGUGACUGCUCUGGGUGGUUGGGAGAAUAAAGUUACUUUGACGGCUGCGGAGGAUAUUGGGAGGGUUACGGCUGAGGUUUUGUUUGAAAGACUUGCUGGGAAGGGGGAGGAUGGGGUGGAGUAUAUUGUUGGGGAGACGGUGACGUAUAAGAAAAUUGCUGAUGUGAUUGAAGAGAAGUUUGGGAGGAAGUUGGAGAGGAAGGUAUUGGAGACGAGGAGGUUGAGGGAGGAGUUGGAGAGGGAUCCGGAGAAUAAGCUUUUGAAGUAUCAGUUGGUUUUUGGGGAAGGGGAUGGGUGUUUUUGGGAGGUUGAGGGGACGUAUAAUCAGAGGAAAGGGAUUAAGAUGUUGUCGUUUUCGGAGUGGAUUGAUACUCAUCGGGUUUAG